AUGUGGAGAAGCCAAUCGGACCGCGAAUACAUCGUCGCGGACACAGCGCUGCCCGUGUCAACGUUGAGCAAGUUUUACCAGUUUCUCGCGAGCCACAGGCUGUCCAACGGCCAGCUCUUGGCAAUGCCCGCGCUGUCGCCCGACGACCUAAGGAAGUUCACCAUGCCCUUCAAUGAAUGGGCGCCACCGCCCUUCAACAACAACACCAUCCGCAGCGACUCCGCAAGCAACCGGCUCAUUAUGUCCAUCAGCGGCCUGGAUCAGUUGUUCGGCAUGGAUCUGGUGGACCCCGAAACCCACCACAUCAAGCAACGCCAGUGGCUUGGCUUGGUCCCCCUCUCAGACCGACGCUGGGCGGAGAAGCAACUGGAUGCACCCGAGAACUUCGACCGCGCCCUCGAGCACGUCAUGAAGGCUGCUACCGUUUACUUCAGCUUGCCCGGCAGCAUCCGCAAGAUGCGCCGCGCCUUCACCAAUGCCCACAAUGUCCUCACCCACUUUGACACGGUCCUCGACGCCCACUACAACACCACCGCCACGGGCCCCCCAUCUCCCGUCCCUCAUCUCCCGUCCCUCGCGUCGCCGACCUCUGGUCCGAGUUCUUCCUCACCCACAUGGUCUCCGUCGGCAGCUGCGCUCACACCUGGGCCUCUGACCACCUCGAAACCCUCCCCGCAGCAGGAUGCCCUCUUCACGCAGUACGUACGCCUUGCCAAUGUCGUCGCCUACGUUGACGUAGCCACCCUCGUUCCCCUAGCCGGUUACGUGGUCUCGCUCCCGCACUGGCGCGCUGCCGUCUCACCGCCCAUUCGCCUGCUCGCCUAUCAAAAGCGGCUCGUGUACCUUGUCCGAGAGACCCUGACGGCCGAGAUAACGGCGCACCCGCCUAUUUAUAGUGGGGAGGGUACGUGGUCGCUGGACGCGGUAGUCGGGCCACUGCGCCUACAGCGUGAGGCGUAUGCGCGUGGGAGGAGAGAGCUGUGGGGCCAGCCGGCGCCAUGGCGCGAGGAGAUGUGCAUCGGGUCGCUAAAGCUGUGGAUGGAGCCCGCGAGGGUCGGGACGCCGGCCAAGUACGACUCGUGGGGAUUCGUCGGGUAUCGGCUUUGGUACCGACAGUCGGCAGCCGAGUGGGAGAGGUUUAUCAGCAAGUUUAACCACGACGUUGCUGGUUGGGGAGCUGGUGUCGCCGGGGUUGACGAGGUCAAAUCGAGGGCCGAGAUCAGGUGGGUGGAUGGGAGCGAGCAUGGAAUUGCCGAGGGGGAUGUCGAGGGGGCGAGGCAGCACUUCAAGACGCUGCAAGAGAGCGGCUGCGGCGGUCUCAACACCCCGCCCGCAUUUCUUGUUGCCGACCAGAUGUCCAUCGAUGCGUACCUGCAAGACGGCUACGCCGUUCCCGGUCAGGGUCGGCAGCUCAUCGACGAGGCCGACCUGGCUCCCUUUGUGACGCUCGCUGCUGCAACCAAGCCCGAGGCAAACCGUCCGGGUCCUAUUAGUGGGAGUUUGCCCAGAUUCGACGGGACCGUGAGGGUCCUGGGGUCAGUUCUGCUUGACGAUGUAUGGCAUAGUGUGCCCCACCUCAGCGUCGAGGACUUGUGGAGGAUAGCCGUCCUCCAUCCGUCCGAGGUUUAUGUAGGCGUGGUGACAGAGUCCCAGGUGAAGAACUGGGCUGCGUCCAACAAGAGUGAGGAUGGAGGUGCCACGUGA